GCACUGCGGGCGCCCCUGGCCUUGGCGACCGCCACGGGCACCGGGACCACCGCCGGCGCCGCCAUCCGAGAGGCAGGGGCGGGGCCCUCCCCCCGCCAGCACCGCUGCUCCCAGUGCGGGAAGGGCUUCAACUACUCGGGGGACCUGAAGACCCACGAGCGCAUCCACACGGGCGAGCGGCCCUACGGCUGCCCGCAGUGCGGCAAGCGCUUCAUCCGCGCCAGCUGCCUGAAGCGCCACCAGCGGGUCCACACGGGCGAGACGCCCUACGGCUGCCCCCAGUGCGGCAAGAGCUUCAGCCAGUCCUACUACCUGCACAUCCACCAGAAGACCCACACCACCGAGCGCAUGUACAGCUGCUCCUUCUGCGGCAAGCGCUUCGGCUACUCCAGCAACCUGAAGAAGCACCUGCUGGUGCACACCGGCGAGCGGCCCUACCGCUGCGCCCAGUGCGGCAAGAGCUUCAUCCAGCAGGACCACCUCAAGACCCACGCCCGCAUCCACACGGGCGAGCGGCCCUACUGCUGCGCGCAGUGCGGCAAGCGCUUCAACCAGCUGGAGCACCUGAAGAUCCACCAGCGCACCCACACGGGCGAGCGGCCCUACGGCUGCCCGCAGUGCGGCAAGAGCUUCGGCGACGCCGCCAACCUCAACACCCACCGGCGCCUGCACACCGGCGUCAAGCCCUACCGCUGCGCCCAGUGCGGCCGCAGCUUCAACGACUCGGGGAACCUGAAGACGCACCAGCGGGUCCACGCCAGGCAGGGGGGGGCGGCGGCAGCGGCAGCCGGGGCGGCGGGGGGGGAGGGCGCAGGGGAAAAGAAAGCCGAAGACGGGCCGUGAUCCGGCGCGCGCACGAGAGAGAGGGACUCUCAACCCUGGUGCCACCCCCCUCCCUCCCCUGCUGGUCCACCGACGGCCUCGCGGCUCCCGAGCCCGGGGCCCUGAUGUACCGCGAGGCCCCCCGGACCUCCCUAUUAAAAACCCCAGUUUGAAACCGAG